UGCCGGCGUUUGCGGGAGCUGUCACAGGGUUGGUUACGGCCGGAGGUGCGGAGCAAAGAACAGAUCAUGGAGCUGCUGGUGCUGGAACAAUUCCUCAGCAUCCUUCCCGAGGAAAUCCAGAGCUGGGUCUGGGUGCGACACCCCGAAUCCUGUGCCCAAGCCGUUGCCUUGGCCGAGAGCUUCCAGCUGGGACAGGGGGAUCCCGAUGGGAUUUGGGAGCAGCAGGUGACGGUGCGUGUGAAGGUGGAGGAGGUGGCCCCGGGGGACGUGGAAGACCCCGAAGUGGUGGGGGACCCACCGAGCCCCCCAUCAGAGUCACCCCAGCUCCCCUCUGGGGAUGACUGGGGGGAGGAGGUGGCCCAGGGCAAGGUCAAGUUUGUCCCCGAGGAAGAGGAGCGGCACCUGCAGGAACCAGGUCCCACCACGGUGAGCAGAGACACGGAGGUGUCCGUUUUGCAACGGCAAGACCCCCCGCACCCACCCAGCACCUUCCAGGGCAUCCCGGCGAUUGGGACCCCCACCCGGAGAGGGACCCACCAGCGACAGAUCCCACGGGAUCCCACCACCUUCCCACAGCCCCUCGCCCAAGGUCCACCCAGACCAGCGGAGGACACCAGGAGCCUGGAGAAGCCCUGGGUGAAGCGGGAGCCGUCGGCACAGGGGAAGGACCGUCCAUACCCCUGCGGCGAGUGCGGCAAGAGCUUCGGCCGGUUGACCCACCUGAAGACCCACCAGCGAACCCACACGGGGGUGAAGCCCUACGCCUGCGGGGCUUGUGGCAAGAGCUUCGGCCACCUCUCCACCCUCACCACCCACCAACGGCUGCACACGGGUGAGCGUCCCUAUGCCUGCGGCUCCUGCGGCAAGACCUUCACCAACCCGUCGGACCUCAACAAGCACCAACGGUCGCACACGGGCGAGCGACCCUACCCCUGCGCCGCCUGCGGCAAACGCUUCAGCCAACAGUCCAACCUCACCAUGCACCAACGGAGCCACACCGAGGAGCGACCCUACCCCUGCGGCACCUGCGGCAAGAGUUUCAAGUACUUGGCGGACCUGACGGUGCACGAGCGCUCGCACACGGGCGAGAGACCCUUCCCCUGUCCCCACUGCGGGAAGAGCUUCAGCAACAAGUCCUCCCUCGCCCGGCACAUGCGCAUCCAUGCCCGGGCGGCUGCCAGGGACAAGUGAUGGGGUUUGGUGGGGGGAUGAGGAUGAGGAGGGUGGCACCGCUUCAUCCCAGUGAAGGAGGUGGUGAUGGGUGACCACCAUGGGGGGACGGUUGAGGUUGGGUGGGUGAGGUGGACCGGGUGGUUGCCCCGGAUGGCCGGUGCUGGUCUCCUUGCCAGCUGACACCACGGAUGGACGGGGCAGCCCGGAAGAGAUGCAACAUGGAUGGGGGGGACGAUGAGCUGAUGACUGAUGUCCCCCGUGAGCCCAGUGGCUCCAGGACAAGGCUCCCCGGUCCCAGCGAUGUGACGUGGAUGGGGGUGACGAUGAGGUGAUGAUUGAUGUCCCCCAAGAGCCUGGUGACUCCAGGACGCACCUCCUGGUCCCAGGGGAGAUGCAGUACGGACGGCGGGAUGAUGAGCUGGCGAUUGAUGUCCUCCGUGAGCCCGGUGGCUCCAGGACGUGUCUCCCUGGUCCUGGAGGAGAUGCAACGUAGCUGGGCGUGAAGACGAGCUGAUGACUUACGUCCCCUGUGAGCCUGGUGGCUCCUUGGUCCCUCACCCAUCUGCAGGCAUGUCCAUCUCCCCUCCACCUUAACCCCGCCACCGGGACACCCCGUCUUCUCUUCCAAUUGGGCAUCUCCAAUUGCAACUCACCUCC